AUGCUUUUAGUGCUUAAAAUUAUUUUUCUUCUUGUACCGCUGCUACUCUCGGUAGCGUACCUAGUAUAUUUUGAACGUAAGGUAAUCGGUGCAAUCCAGUUAAGGCAUGGUCCAAGUGUAGUUGGACCUUUUGGUCUGCUACAGCCAUUUGCAGAUGCCAUUAAGCUAAUAAUUAAAGAACCAAUAAUACCACUAAAAGCAAAUACCAUACUGUUUAUUAUAGCUCCAAUGUUAACCUUUAUUUUAGCAUUAAUUGCUUGGGCAGUUAUACCUUUUGGUGCUGAGAUAAUCACGAAAAAUGGUCAGCAAAUAGUGAUUCCCAAGGUUAUUUCUAACAUCAAUGUUGGUGUGCUAUAUGUGUUGGCUAUAUCAUCUUUAGGGGUAUAUGGCGUAAUUAUGGCGGGUUGGUCGAGUAAUUCCAAUUAUGCUUUUCUUGGUGCUAUAAGAUCAUCUGCGCAAAUGAUUUCGUAUGAAGUAUCAAUAGGACUGGUAAUUGCUACAGUUGUUAUCACAACUGGUACAUUAAACCUUGGAGAGAUGGUAGUAACAAAACACAAUAUGCCAUUUUGGAUUGAUUUACUGCUGGCACCUAUGGCAGUGAUAUUUUUUAUUUCUCUCCUUGCAGAAACUAAUCGCCAUCCCUUUGACUUACCAGAAGCUGAAGCAGAACUUGUUUCUGGCUAUAACGUUGAAUAUUCAUCUAUGCCUUUUGCUCUCUUUUUCCUUGGGGAGUAUGCAAACAUGAUUUUAGCAAGUGCCAUGAUAACAAUAUUCUUUCUGGGUGGGUGGUAUCCACCAUUGGAGUUUAGUUUACUCUAUAAAAUUCCAGGCUUAAUUUGGUUUGUUGCCAAAAUGGUCACACUUUUAUUUAUAUUUAUUUGGAUCAGAGCAACAAUACCUCGCUACCGCUAUGAUCAGUUAAUGCGUCUUGGCUGGAAAGUAUUUUUGCCUAUAUCAGUAUUGUGGGUGAUUUUAGUUUCAGGAAUAUUGUUAUUCACUGGAAAUUUACCUGCUACAUUAAAUUAA